GACGUCGAAACAACAAUGAGCAAUGUUACGAAGCUGAAAGAAAGUCAAAUAAUCUCAGCUAUUGACUUCCCCCGAUUUUUAAUUGCUUUUAUUACGUCAACUGUGAUUGGCGAAUGGGGUUAUGAUUGCUGUAGAAUAUAUAUAAAAGACUCAAGAUAUCGAACGCAACUCAAACGAAGGGGACAAGAAGUAUUAGAGACAUUGGAGGCAUUUAAGUUUGGACAUAAAAGGAGGAAAGAAGCCCUUUGGAAAGCUCUACAUAAAAUCAAGAUGUUAGUCCGUUGUUUACUGUGCCUAGCUCUUCUCUGUCUACUAAAAUCUGUGCUUGGGGGCGAUGACUGCUAUAGCCAGUGUAGCGGCAAGUUCACACAGUGCAUACGGGGGUGUGACGGAUGGUUCGAGUGCCAAGGAUGUUCAGAGAGCACGGAGACCUGCAGGAACGGCUGCGACCUUAUGCUGAUAGGCAGAAACGCGGCAACAAAACCCUCAAGGCAACAACACAAGACAGAGGACGCAAGGAACAACUUUAUACGAGGCUUAAUAAGAAGAAGAUAUUAUGGCACCCAAUAAGAGGAAAUAAUCAAUCAAAUUGACAAUAUUUUGACUUUAUUCACAAAUGUAAUAUAGGUGCUUUUGCGCUUCCUGGGCGCGAAGAGCACAGAGGAUAUUAAUCGCCUGUAAAAGCAAAAUCGUGCUCUAUUUUUUGCCCUAAAGAAUAGCUUUAUCAAAAUAAAGUGAUAAUACAGUUUAAAUGUA